AUGGUAGUAAGGUUGCUUGUUGAGGGGGUCGUGACCCACUUAAUAAGUGCCUACGCCCCACAGGUCGACUGCAGCGACGCGGAUAAGACGCUGUUUUGGGAUCGGCUCGGAGAUGUACUACGCGGCAUACCGUUGUCCCACGAUGUCGUGUUGGGUGGCGACCUGAACGGUCAUGUGGGCGAGCUGCAGGGGGAGUAUGAACCUGUCCACGGCGGCUAUGGUUACGGCCGAAGAAACGCAGAGGAGGAAACCAUUCUCAGAACCUGCACUGCAGCUGACCUGGCCGUCGUGAACACGUUCUUCAAAAAGAAAACCGAGCACCUGAUUACCUACAGGAGCGGUCGGAACGCCACUUAA